AUGAAGAGGAUCGCCAUAAGUCGUGGAGUCUUCUCAACCGUGCAGAGACGAUGCCACGACGUGCAGACUACAUGGAGAAGGCAUUAUUUCUCCUCCAUGAAAGACAUAAGCGGUUUGAAGAAUGCCAUUUUAAAUUAUGCAGACUCAGUGGAGGACUUAGUUCAGAGAAGAGAAGAACAUGAGGCAAAAGUUAAAGCCAUUUUUGAGGACCACUGGAAUGGGUAUCCGGGAGAGAGCGAAAUGUUGAGCCUUUUCUUGGGGUCAUGUGAAAAAGAAAUACUAAAUGGAGAAGUGUCCAACAUAGAAAGUUAUGUUCAGGACAGACGUGCAAAUGGGAAGAACAUUAACUUGUCAAAAGGAAAAGAAGGACAGUUUUUGCAUAGAACAAAGUUACUUAGAAUAUUAACCACCUGUGGAAUUAGAGUAUCACCAAAAGUAUUGCUCUACUACGUCCUUGAGGCAGUGACGCAACUGAAAACACAUCUAGAAGAACACAAGUUUAACAUAAUUAAAGAUGAUGCUGUAACGAAGAGGGAAAAUUAUGUGCGCAUUAAUAGUUACUACUACGAUAAGGAAAAGGUACAUGUGCCUUUCAUGCCUUUGUACAAGGCGCUAAGCAACGUACUGUACAGCGUAAGUGAAAGCAGGAUUGAAUCUGUAGAGACAUAUGAACAUUUGAAGGAUCAGGUUAUCCAGAAUUAUAUGAAUAUAGAAGAUGUUGUGAGGAAGGCACCAGCGUUUCUUAACAUUAGUGUGUUCUUCUUCCUCGUCAAUUCUUACAUUUAUUUGGGGAAAAAUAUAAAAAUAAAAAACCUUUGCAUAGAUGUACUGAACCCGUAUGUAAGUGCUAUUUCGGAGGAUGAAAUGAACAUUUCUUCGGAUGACACCUUUUACCUAAUUUUGGCAUUACGCCUUUACUUUAGUAGCUUGUCCUACAAUUCAGACGCUCUAAAUCAGCUAAAUAUCUACAACAAACAGUUCGUCUCUUCCAUAUUAUCUUUACCCAACCAUUCGGAUGGGGUUUACACUGAUCAGAACGAAAAAUACGCUUACAUAACGGAGUUCCUUAAUAGACAAGACAAAGCCGUCGAACUGAAGAAGGUGCACAUCCCUCCAUUCAAUUAUUCCUUGACAUCUUUGAAGAACCAAACGCUUUAUAUUUUGGACUCAGCUCGGAAGUACUAUGCUAAUGAGGCGUCCACCCUGCGCAGUUGCGUCUUCUGGAGGUACUACCUCGCCGCGAAGGACGGAUUCACCCUUGUACGUCUAUGCCAGAAGGAGGAUUACAACGAUUUGUUCACUGAGAGCAAGCGGGACGAAGUUUUGCAGGCAUCUAUCAGUCAGCAUUACUUAUACGAUUGCGACCAGUUGGUUCGCCCACCCGGGAAGAAGAAUGGGGAAGUUAAAGGUUAG